AUGAAGAAGACGCUGCUCCUAGUGUUUAUCCAUGGCUUCAAGGGAGAUGAUGAUACGUUUGGGGAGUUUCCAGGGCGCUUUUGUGCUCUAAUUAGUCGCGCCCUCCCCGCUGUCCAGGUUGUCGCCACUGUUUACCCGAAGUAUGAGACCCGAGGCGAACUCAAAGGAUGCGUGAGUAAUUUUCGGGAAUGGCUUCAGAACAAAGUCAUCGACCUGGAGGUCUCGAAUCGAACGGCUUCACCGACAGUUGAUCCUUCGGUACAUGUUAUUCUGCUCGGCCACUCUAUGGGUGGGAUAGUGGCUGCUGAGACCCUUCUUCUGCUUGCAUCGGAACAGCCAAUUCCUGCACCCUCUUCUGCACAUUCUGCAACCGACACCCUAGUGGAUUCUGAAUCUGCGGUGGGGGCGCACUCUUUCAUGUUCCCUCACAUCCAGGGUGUUAUCGCAUUCGACACCCCCUUCCUAGGGAUUGCCCCUGGUGUCGUAUCGUAUGGUGCAGAAGGCCAUUACCGAAAUGCCACUACGGCGUACACCGCGAUCUCAGAAGUUGCUGGCUUGUUCGGCCUGGGUGGCGGUAACUCUUCGAACAAGGCAACUUCUACCGACCAGGAAAGAACUUCCAACAAGAGCCUACCUCCUUCGGGUCCUAGCUCGUCUUCAAGUGCAGAUGCUGCCGCAACACCAUCAUGGCAACGAUGGGGCAAAUAUGCCAUGUUUGCAGGAGCUGCAGGAGCACUGGCUGCGGGCGGGGCGGCCGCAAUGUAUUCACAGCGAGAUCGACUGACGGAUGGCUGGGGCUGGGUAUCAUCCCACCUGUCAUUUGUCGGCUCUCUAGCACGACCUUCUGAAUUACGGAGGCGCCUUGCACUCCUUGCCGAAGUCCAAAGGGACCGAGGUAUCGGCUGCACUAAUUUCUAUACGUGCUUGGGCAAAAAUGCAAGUGAUCUAGUGGAGAACAAGAACGCUGGGACUUCGUCGUUCAGCCAGAAGAUUAUACGCUCCAAAAAUCGCACUUUCUGCUCGCUUCCCGCGGAAGUGGAAAGUCCGGCGUCUUCCCAGCAAGACAUCCGAUGGGCCAGGGCUGUGAACGAUAAAGCUGCAGACGAAAUCAAAGCACACAUUAGCAUGUUCUUGCCGAACGAGAAUCCGGCCUUUAAUUUACUUGUGUCCGAUGCAUGCAAAGUGCUGGUGGAGUCGGUUGACAAGGGCUGGUACGCCACGGCCACAGGGCCAAUUGAAGAGGUGGACGGGAACAUGCCUCGGUCCGACGAUGACCGUAGCAAAGACCAGACUGAUAGCGGAUUUAUGGACGGGGACGACGUUGUGGUCGUGGAGUGA